CCUGCUGAGCAGUGAGCUCCUGUUUUCCUCUAAUUCCAGGGUGCUGCUGGGGUUCAGAGCAACUGCUGUAGUUUGGAAGACUUGGGCUAAUUGAUUUUUUUUUUUUAAAGGUGACCUGGGUGGGGGGGAGGGCAAGCAGACAUCACUUCCAGCUCUGAAUGAGGCCUUUAGGGAGGGGUUCUGUAGUCUGGCAGGGCGCCAUUCCCUUCCAUGGUCCUUGUGAGCCAUACAGUCAUCCUUGGCCCGGUCCUGCCCUUGGGGAAGAAUGGGCCCCUCUGUCCGGAGGCCCCUGAGACGUGCUGAGCAUCCAGACACGGCAGAGUGCCGGCAGGCAGGGUGUGAGGUCUCCCCUGCGGGAUCCUGCUUGUUCGUUUCCGGUGGGAGAAAUGGACAAUGGGGUCUCUAAGGACUGUUUCCCGCCACUGGCCCCGUUGUCGCCUUCCCUGCCUUUCUCCUGCGCCUCAUUAUUGUGCAAAAGGCUAGUGAGACCCUUAACAGACAAAGCCUGUGGCUUGAAAGCCCUCGAGUGAGGUGUGCGCCGGGUCUCUUAGGACGUCAGACCCCUUCUGCCUUUACCUCAAGGCUCCGGGGAAACAGCUUCAGCUCCCGUGCUGGGUAGAGUGAGAGUGGAGUUCUAUAAAUGCAUGACCUCCCUUUCAGGCUUUCAUCCAUCAUGAGCCCCAACAGACUAUUCAUUCAGACUGGGAGAGUGACAAGGCUGUGCACAGACCAGACAGACAGAUGUUUCCUUGCCUCAGACUUCGACAAUGGUGGUGCCAUGCCCUACAUAGGCCCUGGAAUGGCUUCUUUGGAAUAUUUAUAGUCAGAUAACUUAAAUCACACCUGUGUAAUCUGAGGGUGGACAGAGAGCAUGCUCCUUUUCCAUAGACUGCUUCUGGAGAGGGAGGGGUACUGAGGGGCCGAGGUCACUCCUGAAGAGUAGGCCAUUGCAUUUUCUCCCUCCAUAUCUGCCUCUGAACAGGCCCCUUGCUACUUUCUCUCUCUCCCCACAAGCUCCAUGGAGUGCUAAGGGUUUAGACCCUCGUCUUUCUAUCUGGUAGGGGAAGGCUGGUCCAGUGGCCUCAAGUCUGCUCUAGGGAACAGGUGGUGAAGGCUCCAAACAGUAGAGGCAGAGACAGCGAGGAUGGUGUGUACGAGCAGGUGGACCCAAAUCACAGGAGCUAGCCUGGGAAAGCCUUGUGAGGACCAGAGACACCUCCAAGUAGAGCCCUGGCAGCUGAGGAGCAGAGUGUGGGCACCAAUGUCAGGUAAAGUUGUCAGGACUUUCUGGGUGCUCUAGGUCUUAGAAUAUUGCCAGGAGCAGCAGACUGGAAUAGCUAUGUCCAAGCAACCCUGUCUAGAAUUCAGUGUGUGGGAGGGCUCUGGUAUAAAUCUCCCGGUGGCCAGAUUCUGAGCUGGAUGGAGCAGAGCCUCUCUGCAGAAUACAUGUACACCUGCUGUCUUGGGACACCUGUCCUGCAGAUGGUUUUGGAGGGUAACACUCUGCGCCUGGGCAAUAGGGUGGUUGGUCUUGGGUAUGUUCAGCUUGGAAGCCAUCACCGUCUAUGCUAGGGAUGGCCAAAGAGGAUCAGGCCAUGAGUGAGCAUAGACAGGGAAGAUCUGCCGUUCCCAGACAGUUAGCCUGAAUGUGGGUGGUCGGGGUCCAGCAGCUUGACUCAAGGCUCUGUUUCCAUGCAGGGCCUUACUAGAAAUCACUCAACCCUUUAUUUUUGAAAGAAGGAGAUCUUCCGGACUCCUGGGCUGUCUUCCACCCUAGGCUGGGCCCUUUGCCAGCACCCAGUCGCUCACAUCCGGCCCCCUCCCUCCAUACUUACUAGAGAGCCAACAUCUGUCUCUAUCUGCCCGCCCCUCUCCUUCGACCCCAGAAUACUCUCUGUUUCCCGCCUAAUUAUUGUCGCGGAAGAGGGGGAGGGGCGACUGGAAGGACGUCCUCUGAGGUUUGCUUCUGGGUUUUUGGUAGGCUUUCAGUCAUUUCUUGUCUUGGUCAACAGAAUUUGCAUGAGAGUGACUUUAAGUUAUAGACCCUGGCUAUAACCCGAGGCUGCCGGCCAGGAGUAGUACAGCCUCGAGGAUUUAGAACUGAGAUUCCAUUCCAUGUGGUUGUCUGUAGCUGAAGCUGACCGCUGUAUGUCUCGGACCGUAGACCCACUCGUGGCAAACCCUGUCAUUCUCGCCCAUCUCCUGCGUCAUCGCGACCCCAAACCAUCAUCCGGAACCCAAGGAGGGUCCCCCGGAUGGCUGGGCGGAAAAGGAUGAGUGUCGGACUGGCCGCGGAGGCCUCCUCCACUUCCGGCGGCGGAUGGCAGCGGAUACUUAGACUUCUGCAGUUGCGGCUGCCGCUGGUGUAGGCUGCGAGCGGACAGAGCUUGGCUCAGGCUGGGGGCAGCGGGGAGGGCAGCCGCUUCCAGUUGCGGGCCGGGAGCCUUGGGAAGUAGGGCCUGGAACUGGGUGUCUGUCAGUCAUGGAUCUCGACGACCCAGCCGAAGCGUUGACCGAGCUACGCGAGAGGCGGCUGGGCUUGCUGGAGACACUGCAGGCGGCGGCAGGCUCGGGAUUGGCCGUCUAUACCAUAUGGGCACUGCUGCUGCAGCCGGGCUUCCGCCGGGUGCCUCUGAGGCUGCAGGUGCCCUACGUUGGCGCGAGUGCCCGGCAGGUUGAGAACGUGCUGUCACUGUUGCGAGGCCGCCCUGGAAAAAUGGUGGAUCUAGGCUCUGGUGAUGGCAGGAUCGUGCUGGCGGCCCACCAAUGUGGUCUCCGUCCAGCUAUGGGAUAUGAGCUGAACCCGUGGCUUGUGGGACUUGCACGGCUGCAUGCCUGGAGGGCCGGUUGUUCUGGGAGUGUCUGCUACCAUCGAAAAGAUCUCUGGAAGGUGAGCCUCAGGGACUGUCACAACGUGUCUGUGUUCCUGGCUCCCAGUGUGCUCCAACUGCUGGAGGACAAGCUGCAAGCCGAGCUCCCUGUGGGGGCCCGUGUGGUAUCUGGACGAUUCCCCCUUCCCACCUGGCAGCCUGUAGCUGUGGUGGGCGAGGGCACCGACAGAGUUUGGGCCUAUGAUUUCCAUGGUGAUGGGCUAGCUGUGUCUUCUUGUGGGGUGCCCAUCAAGGCCAUCCCAGAGUCCAGUUCUACCUUAGUCCCUAGAGCCCCUGUUUGACAAGCUGGCUGACUGGAUAAAAUAAAGACUCUGUGGGUUCAGUCAUGGGUUCAAUCCUG